UCACGGGAUCUGUUGACACUAAAUAUAGUCACUGCUUUCUCUCUGAGAAAAACAACUACAGAUGAAAUGUCUAACCCUACAUAUUAUUUCUGGGAACAGAAAUUCAGUAUGUAAUAUGGACGUCUUUUGGCACGUUGGAAUUUGCAGGAAGCAGUCAUGUUCAACUUCUCCACGCUGAGUGUAAUUGUUAUAAUCUUCUUCAUCCUGAUCUUCUUAUUCCUGUGUAUAUUGAGAUGUCGGAUGAGGAGGACAGAACACAAGGAGCACGAUCUCUACAACCUGUUCUUUUCCAGAUCAGCUCAUAGAGGAUCCAUCCUCGUACCUAAUCCACCGACUCUGGAGGUUUCUUCCGGGUCCAGGAAGACGAGUGCUAAAUCACAGAAAAGACUCAGCUUAAGGAGGUGUUCACAGGGGGACAACAGAAGACACUCCCUGCAGUCUCUCUCCAUAGAAACAGAGACUGGUCCCAAAAUUCUUAACACUGCUAGAAGAGGUCGGCGUGGAUCCGCCCCCGUGGAUCUGUUGGCUGACUCCAUCAAUAUUUACAAAGGGAACGAGCUGACAGACCGGUACCGCCUGUUCCGUUGCACCUCCACACCCCCACACAGGGAGGAAAAUGAAAACAGUUCAGUGCCGAGUUUUCAGGACAAGAAUUUUGUGAGCACACGUAGAGUUGGACGGCGGGGAUCCGCGCCCGUAGGUUUGUUAUCGGACUCCAUAAAUUUGUACAGAGGGAACGAGUUGACCAAUCGAUACCCUUACUUCCGGUGUAACGCCUUUCACAAAGAUUAUAGUAAAAGACUUAAUACACGCACCUCUACGCUAAGCUUUGCGGCGCAUAUGAAUAUACCGGAAGUAAAGGAGUCUUCCGGAAAUGCAUGUGGUACAACGCCUGAUCCAUGACAGCUUAUCAUAGGAGCAAAUUAAGAUCGAAAUGGUUUAUCUUGAUGCUUUAAUGAGAUCUGGAUUGGAACGUUGAAAUAUCCAGUGGCAAAGAACUUAAUGUGAACAUCUAACAAACUCUGUCUGUUUUAACUGGACUUUUUCAAUUUUGAGAAUGAACAUUUGUAAAA